AUCCCGGCACAGCUGGCCUCCCUCGUGCGUCCUGCAAACCCCCGGACCUUGAAGCAGAAAAGGUCGCAAUUGGUCCUUCUUCUCUCGUCACGCACUCCGAGAUCGCAGCUGUCUUCUUCCCUUGUCGCCUUCAAAGAUCUGAAGAUCUCGCCUGCGCCGCCGCUUUCCUUUCUUUGGCUGGUGCAUGAUGCCGUCUGAUCUGGUGAAGGGAGCCGCGACCGAUGAUGCAGCCAACGGGCAAGAUCAGCCGACAUCUUCGCCCGCCUCAUCGCCCCAGAUCAGAGCCAUCACAUUCGACUUGGAUGGUACGGCGCGCACACACGGACGCACGCCCACAAUGAGGCGGGGGUGCUUUGUUGAUGGGGUAUUUCCUCGUCCGUCCGUCUGUGAAUGUAUGCAGAUACGCUGUGGUCUUGCACACCGAUCAUCGUGUCGGCGCUGUCGGCGUUGCGCGAGUUUCUCACAAGUCGCUACCCCUCCAUCACCCAGACAUACACCCUUGAGGCGAUGCGUGCCGUCGAGAAGAGGGUCAAGGGCGAGAGGCCGGCGCUGGUCCAUGACAUGACAGCCAGCAAGAGGGCCAUGCUCCGCGAAUGCGCUAUCGGGGCCGGCUACGAACACCAGUGCGACCAAAUCGCUGACGAGGUGGGGCAGCACAGUCGAUUGCAGCGGAUCUAAUGUGAUGUAUGUGUGUGUGUCCUGUGUCGUUCGUGCAGGCGAUAGAGGUUUUCCUGGCUCACCGCAACGCGGUGGAACAUCAUUUGUUCGAGGGUUGCACUGACUUGCUGCACAGGUGUCAGGCGCUCGGUCUCCGGAUAGGCACCGUCACCAACGGCAACGCCGACCCUGAGCGCAUUCCCUUCCUCCAGCCGUUCGUGUCGGUCCACGUGUGCGCCGCCCACGUCAACGCGUCGAAGCCCUCGCCGCUGCCCUUCCUGCGCGCCUGCGAGCUCCUCGAGUGUCACCCGUCUCAAGUGCUGCACGUGGGCGACUCGAUAGAGAACGACGUGGUGCCUGCGCGGCAGGUUGGCAUGAGGACGGUGUACAUACCUUACCCACGGGAUAGUGGGAGUGGUGAUGGUGUGAAGAAUGGCGACGGCAGUGGCCAGCAGUGUGCGCCUGACUAUGUGUUCGGCACGCUGACGAGCUUCUGUGAGGGUCUGCAGGGCAUCGUGCAGGGGGCAUAAUGCUGGUCGGUGUGUGUCGAG